GCGGAACGCGCACGCUCCAGGUUGUGCUUCCUGCCGGAGGCUUUUGCCCAGCGCCCCGUGUCCCCGGAGGGAGGGGGGCGGUGGCGGUGGCGGUGGCGGUGGCGGCCGCUGGGGCUGCAGAAGCAGCUCGGGAGUCCGGAAGUCAACACCAUGUCGAGUCUGCACAAGAGCCGGAUUGCAGAUUUCCAGGAUGUCCUGAAGGAGCCCUCCAUUGUGUUGGAAAAGCUUCGAGAGCUCAGUUUUAGUGGCAUCCCCUGUGAGGGCGGACUGCGGUGCCUCUGCUGGAAGAUCCUCCUGAACUACCUCCCUCUGGAGAGAGCCUCGUGGACUUCCACCCUGGCCAAGCAGAGGGGGCUCUAUUCACAGUUCCUGAGAGAGAUGAUUAUCCAGCCUGGCAUUGCCAAGGCCAACAUGGGUGUAUCCAGGGAGGAUGUGACCUUUGAGGACCAUCCCCUGAACCCAAACCCUGACAGCAGGUGGAACACAUAUUUUAAGGACAACGAGGUGCUACUCCAGAUUGACAAAGAUGUCCGGAGGCUGUGCCCAGAUAUAUCUUUCUUCCAAAGAGCCACUGAGUACCCCUGCCUCCUCAUCCUGGACCCGCAAAAUGAGUUUGAGACCCUUCGUAAGCGGGUGGAGCAAACAACACUGAAGUCUCAGACGGUGGCCCGGAACCGAAGCGGGGUCACAAAUAUGAGCUCCCCGCACAAGAACAAUGCACCAUCAGCCCUGAACGAAUAUGAGGUUCUACCCAAUGGCUGCGAAGCCCACUGGGAGGUGGUGGAGCGCAUCCUGUUCAUCUAUGCCAAGCUCAACCCUGGCAUCGCUUAUGUGCAGGGCAUGAAUGAGAUCGUGGGCCCUCUCUACUACACUUUUGCCACUGACCCUAACAGCGAGUGGAAAGAGCACGCUGAAGCAGAUACCUUUUUCUGCUUCACCAACCUCAUGGCCGAGAUCCGGGACAACUUCAUCAAGAGCCUGGACGACUCCCAGUGCGGCAUCACCUACAAGAUGGAAAAGGUGUACUCCACCUUGAAGGAUAAGGAUGUAGAGCUCUACCUGAAGCUGCAAGAGCAGAGUAUCAAGCCUCAGUUCUUUGCCUUCCGGUGGCUGACACUGCUGCUGUCCCAGGAGUUCUUGCUGCCUGAUGUCAUCCGUAUCUGGGACUCCCUCUUUGCUGAUGGCAACCGAUUCGAUUUCCUCCUCCUGGUCUGCUGUGCUAUGCUCAUACUGAUCCGGGAGCAGUUGCUGGAGGGGGACUUCACUGUCAACAUGCGACUUCUGCAGGACUACCCCAUCACAGACGUCUGCCAGAUCCUACAGAAAGCCAAGGAACUCCAGGACUCGAAGUAACCUGGUAGCAGGGGCCCAGCAUUGGAAGAGCAGCCACUGCACUCGCUCCGCACCCUUGUUUUGGGGACACAAAGGAGCCUGUGAGAGAGCCAGCCUGAAGGGAAGCUGCAGUCCCAGCCAGCUGCAGGUCUUCCAGCCUGGUUUCCAUGGUCCAGGGUGCUCCUGGAGCACACUGCGCUGCGCUCCUUCCCAGUGCUCAGCCCUGCCACACUCCCUGCACCUCAACCCUGGGACCCUCCACCCAGACUGCUCAGCAGGGCCGGAGCUCCUGAACUGGCUUCCCGGCGCUGGGGUCAUUGGGGGCCUAGGAGACUGAUGGGUCCUGCCAUACCUCUGCCCAGUAGCUCCUCUCCCUUGUGCUUUCUUCUUCCCUGAGUCCUGGUCAGGGGAGGCAGUUAGCUCAUGGGCCUGAAACAGCUUGUGAGUGUUGGUGCUCAGGGCGCCUGGGGAGGCGCCCCAGAAGAGCUGAGUGACUGCCACGUCUAGGGUCACUGUUUGUCUCUGUCAGGUGUGUUUGCUCGUGGCCGGUAGGGCUGUCUCCCAGGUCUCUGCUUUGUGUGUGUGUGUGUGUGUGUGUGUGUGUGUGUGUGUGUGUGUGUGUGUGUAUGUAUGUUCACACAUGCCCUGGCAGUGGGGUGAGGGUGUGUGGGAACCCUCUAAGGCCCUGCUUCCCCUCUGUGUCUACCUCUGCCUGUCCCUUUCUUCCUUUGCCAGAGGCGUGUGUGGCUCCUUCCUUCGUCUGUCCUCUUUGCCCUGGCUCUCUUCCCUCUGUCCUCCCCUCUGCUCCCCGAGGCCAGCAUUCAGAAUGAGUGUAGUUUAGUGAGAGCCCUGGAGGCCAACUUUAUUGGCAUCCUGUUCCCAUCCCCAGCCUGAGGCCUCCAGGAAUCCCCAGUACCUGCUCCAGCAAGCCAAGUGCUGAUGACAAUGGAAGCCUGUGACGCUUUGAGCCUCUCACCCAUUUUCUACUCAAGAAUGGAUAAAGGGAGGAUGGGGAGAGUCUUCAAUCCGAGAUUAAGACACCCUGGCUGCUGUGUGCCUGGGAGGUGAAAUUUCAGUAGUGCUGUCAUCUCCUUGAUGUCCAUGUUCCCACCUGGUGUGUGCAGGUCUCAUCAAGAGCAAGGGACCAAAGAAUGCUUCUCUGGGUCCAAGGUGACUAAACUGGAAGGCCCGGAGCCUCACAGUACCAGAGGGCUACCUCUGCCUUCUGCCCCCAUGGGAGGCGGAGCGGGGAGGCAGCGAAGGCUGUGGAGGUGCUGGCCUUUCUGGUCAUGUGCUUUGGGGCUGGGUUACCUGAACCCUGUUCAGCAAGUAGACUUUUCUGACCAUGUUUCUUCCAUCUCUCAUAUGGAGGUCACGUGGCUUGAGUCCUGAAGGCAGCUUGUCAGCAAGGGGUCUCACCUUCUCCAGAGACUGGCCAGCAGGAGCAAGGCUCCAACAGCUGCCACCUGAAGCCUUCCCAAGAGCAGUGUGCAGGGCUCCCUCCUUCCCAGGCCAUUGCUUUAGCCACGUUGGGUUGAGUGCUGCUGGGACUCGACCUGCCUUUUUACUGCCUUCUCUCCCAAUACACAACCCCUGGGAGGUAUUUUACUAUUUAUUUGGACCACAGGCUAGCUAUUUAUUGCAGACUGGCAAGUGACCUGGGACUGUGGGUGGGGAGGAGUGGCCGGGAUGCUAAUGGAGUUGGAGGUAUGGAUUGUCUUGUUUCCCAAGGUUAACCCUGACAUCCUCUCCCCGGUCCUGCCUGAGAGGGCUACCAGCUUUACCCUGGAGCUGAGUAUAAGGGAGACCAUAUACACUCCCACCAUCCUGACUGCCCCCCAGACCUAGGACUUGGUAGCUAAUAGCUCGGCCCUGGACACAGCAAAUCCCCACUUGCCUGCCUUCCCCCCCCCCCGCCCUCUCUCCUGGGACCAUGCUACUGGAAUCACUGCAUCUGAUUUGUUUGGAAGACCUGCAUCCUGUGCCCACCACUUGGUCCUUGAGAUGAAGGCCAAGGACAUGAAGACUUUGUCUUGGGUACGGUGGCUCCACAGAUGGGUGCUGCCUGAGGGAAGGAUCUGCCCUUGAUUCUUAAGGGGGAGCCAGAGCCUGAGCGCCUGCAGCUCACUUGGGAGCAGCUCCCAGGAGCCCAGCGGGCCAGUGCUGUUGAUGGAUUUGUCUUUAAUAAACUCUGUGCUCUUUA